AUGCGUCUUUUAUAUCUUUUUAUUUCAGCAGUUCUAUCUUUAUACGAUUUUCGAGAUCUGUACGAGCUAAAUGAUGUCCGUAUUCGUCUCAUGAAUACGCUGGAUACAAAUACGCCUGACCACAACAUCCAGCUGCGAGAGUACAUGCCCUACAAAAUGCUUUGGAAAAACGACUACUUCCGAAAAAGCGCGGCUUCAGUCCCUAUCGAGCGCUAA